UCAACACCACCAAGUUUUCUGUAAUAAAUCUGUUGUUUCUCCCCCCUCCUCUUCCUCCCUCUUCUUCUUCUCUGCUCUCUUGUAAAUCGAAGAGUAUUCUCAAAAUGAGUGUUGCAGUUCUCAAUCCUCAAGAUUGCCUGAAGAAUUCCAUGUCUCGACAAGCUCUAAUUUCUCCUCUCAGAAAACCAAAACCGAACUCUAACCAGAGUCGGUCAAACAGGGCGGCGCAACAAAAGCGGAGGAAACGGAGUCCCAACACAUCACCUCAGUCACGCGCCACCUUCUCCUCCAAGCUUCCGACAAGAAAUAUCAGCGCCGACAAUAACAACAGCAAGAGCCAGAAGCUCGUUAUGGGUCAGGUUAGGAUCCUUAAACGUGGCGAAGAGAUCAAGGAAGCGGCGCCGAUUAAAGCCAAGUCAUAUAUGAAUCUAGGUUCCACAGAGAAGUUAGGUCCAAAUCCCGAGUCUGUGAAGGAGAUACGACUCGCCCAUUCAGGCCCUGUAAACGGAUUUUACGCUGGUUCGGCGUUUUUCACCUCUCCUCCUCCUAGUUCCCUCCCUCUUCCUGCUUUCUUUACGAAGAAGACGACUACUGUGAAGUAUGACGAUGCUACUAGCGAUCUAUGCAGGAUCCUAAAUCUAAACUUGGAUUGAGUUUGGUCGGCGAUGGUUGUGUGGAUUUGUUUUUUCAUCACCGUUUGAGGUCUCCGUCCGUCGAUUAUUCCCUGAUUUUUUGAAAGGGAAGAUCGACCUUGUUGACUUGCUGUUGCGGUAACCUAGAGUAGUUUGUAUCUGUAAAUGUAAAGCUUAUUUUAAGAUGUAGUUUAAAGCUUGGAAGAGCUCUAAUGAUCUAGUGUUGAAGGUUGUUGGGUUAGAGAGUUGGUGAUAGAAGGUUCGAGUCUAGUCCUUAGUUUGCUUUGUUUUCUCCUACGCAUGCUCUGUGUGGUUAUAUUGGUCAUCUCGCUAUAAUUUGUAGUUGCGUUAUUUUCUAAUGAAAGUUUAUUUCGAGUUGGUGAUAGAAGGUUCGAGUCUAGUCCUUAGUUUGCUUUGUUUUCUCCUACGCAUGCUCCUCUGUGUGGUCAUCUUGGUCAUCUCGCUAUAAUUUGUAGUUGCUUUAUUUUCUAAUGAAAGUUUAUUUCCUUCGUUACUAUCGAAAUAUAUACAAUUACAGUUGUAUUUGCUGUU